AUGGCAGACCCAGGGGUAUCUGGCCUCGGCUCUCAGAAUGCCACGAAUUGGACUGGCAUGACGGCCUGGACUGCCAACCUAACCCGCUAUGCGCCGUCGAUGGAGGACCUUGUCUGGGCUUGUCCUCGGAUGUUUAAGCGGCUCGGCUCCUUCAUGGCCCCUUCCGAUGCUCAGUCCUUGAACGAAUCCGCCAGCCAGCUUGCAACCAACCCCGCCGCAGUUGGCGCCGAUCUCUUGCGAACCGCGAAUGCGACCUUUGAAACUCUGAUGGACUUGGGCGAAGGCGGAACAGCCGGGGGAGCCGCGACAGCGGAGGAAGCCACCGUCCGACGGCUGUCCCUCGAAGGAGCGCGUAGCUUUGGGGGAGUUUUCAGCUAUGUAACAAGCAAAUGGGCAUUAGCCUGCAUUGUCAUGGCCGUCGUCCUCAACCGAACUCAUAUCUAUGCUGCCACCCGGCGUCGUUUACAACUCCGAUGGACCGUCCGACUUGUGCUUAGGAUUGUUCCAAUCAUCUGGAUAUCCGUUCAUGCCGUCCGGCUCCUACAGUCUAUUCAAUGCCAAACGUCUCCAGAUUUUGCCGAAUUACGUUUUGGAAAUUCUAGCAUGAAAUCGGACCUCAUGUUUUCUUACAACAAUCCAUUCUUUAACCGCCUCGGCGCCACUAUUCUCGGCGCUACUGAUGAGCAGUCCUGCCGAUCAGUCAAGAUGAUUUUAUCAGAAGAUGAUGAUGACACUCGGCAUAUUCAGGGAUCAUUAUCGGCGCUCUGGCCUUUGUUCCUGAGCUUUUGCUUGAGUAACUUUAUCGAGAGUGUGUCAUGCACUGUUCAAGGUCGGCCGCACGCAUCUGAAGUAGCCAUGAGCUUGUUUGAACAGUCACUCGCCUUUGCUGAGGCUGAUGCAGCCAUAAGCAACCAACUGAGCUGGAGUUCGUUUACAAAAGGCUCAGGAGUCAAGGUGGCAGUUAACGGCACCACUAUCGCUUUGACACGGUCGAUGAUCAUGAAUCGCGUGAAUACGGCUCCUGAGGUUUUGUGGAUUGCUUUUCUCUGUGCGAUCACCCAUGUUACGAACCACAUGCUCGGCGUUUUCGACCUUCAAGCCAAGUUUCGAUUGUAUAACACAGGCAUCUGGGCAUUCUGCUUCAUCGGUACCUUCAUCUGGUCGACAGUGACAUUUGACUUGGAUGACCCUGCGAGUCAAGGCCUGCUACGAUUCCCAGCUGUUUGUAUUAUUGGAAUGAUACCGCAUAUUCUUGUCCUUUUUGGCAUCAUCAUAUGUUUCUCUAUCUACGGGAUAGCCUUGAUCCUGUCUGCGCUCUCCUCGGGUGGAGAUGAUGAACGAGCGAGCAUGUCGUUCCGCCAGCGUCUGAUGCAUGCGCACCAAAAUAUGCAGGCCAAUAUCUCAUUGUCCGAGAUUAGGAUAACUAGAGAAAUGGAUAUUUACACUGCUUUGUUGAGAACAGGGUUUACUGCGGUCACUAUGGCUAGUGAAGCAGUCUACCUCAACGAGGACCGCGGGGUAAGUGUACAGAGUCAUACGUGGUUGGAUAACGCUCGUCUCCAAGAAGCAGAGGAGAUGCAGAGAAAUUGGAGUGGCCUCGGGCUCACAAACAGUCAAUACGACAACAUUGGAGCAAUUGGUUUAGUCCCAGUGCAAGGCAAAUAUGGAUACUCAGCAAAUGGGUACGCUAGAGAGCGGGCGGCACAGAAAGUUCCAAAAGGUGGCGUUGACCGCAGUAUUCGCAAUGGAGUGGGCGCGGCCGAGAGAAGCGCUCGCUGGCUGAUGGCCCUCGAGCUGUUCCUAACGGUCCAUAGACUCUUUGCGCGAAUCUCGGCGUUGAUCCUGCUAUGGAUGUUCCGUGUUGCUCGUAUUCGAGCCCAGCCCGCAUGGCUGCUUCAGAUGGCGAACCGAUCAAGUGAGAGGAAGGAAGGCAAGGAUGAGGACAAAUCCAAGGAUGGACCAGGAGGCUCGGGUUCUAAAACUGUUGAUGAAAAUCCCCUCGCUAGGCCCGAGAACCAGGAUAUUGAAGCCGAGUUCCGACGAAGCGAGCCCUCCAUGAACGAGGAGUACCUGGAAUCAGAGCUAUACACCUACUGGCUUAGGGGUGGAUGGUGGGGUGGACAUGAUUCUAGCGGUGACUUCAGGCCAGCUGCAGUCGACGACGACUGGGAUACGACGAGCGUGGUCACGGCUACGACAACUGAUGGUGACAGUCAGGAUGAGUAUGCCUGGGAGUCUGAAGAAGACGGACAGAGGACACCCACUGGACGGUCGCCUCGUCGUUCUCGAGACGAGUCCUCCCUCAUCGACAGCCCGUUCUCUAUGAAUGAUUUUGCUCGUCUCCUGCAACCUAAGAGCCGAGAGGAGCGUGAGCAUGCCCGCAAUUUGGCCGCGCACCUGCAGAGCGACAAGAUUAUGACAAGGUCGCAAUAUAGGCGCAUCGAGAGCCUUCAGCGAACACGUAUCCUAACAAAUCCUGGCUCAGGGCCUACCAACGACGGAGUCAUGGCAGCACCUGGGCGAGGCGGCAGGAAGCUUUCACCUGAUGACGAGGAGCGAGUGCUGGAGCAGCUGCUCCUUGCUCGACGCCAGUCUGCAGCUGUGCCUGCCAGCAUGUCAGCUAGCACCUGGCAAGAUGGUGCAGCCGGGCUGGGUAGUGGCGGGCCUCCAUGCGUUGUUUGCCAGAGCUCACCACGUUCCAUCAUUGUCUGGCCUUGCCGCUGCCUCAGCUUGUGCGAUGAGUGCCGCGUCUCGCUCGCCAUCAAUAACUUUGACAAGUGCGUGUGCUGCCGGCGGGAUGUUAUUUCUUUUAGCCGUAUCUUUGUUCCCUGA